AUGUUGUUGGUCUUCGGUGGUUUGGACCACAAAGAGCAGCUAGGAAUCCUGAGCUCAGUGAACAACGAGUACGACUUCAAGAAAAUCGCCCAUGCCCUCAGGAUACAGUUCCCAAGCUGCAACGGGAAGCCCGUCUACAGGCGUGACUACCUGGCCUGCGGUCGAUCAUCCGGCCCUCCGAGCCCUGCUAAGCCCCGCUUCCGUGUGCCGGGCAAGGGCCACGCCAAGGGGAAACCGUACAUCCUCGCGGUCGAGCAGGACCAGGAGCCCUAUGACGAGGACUUCGACGCCUACUACGAGGACCCCGGCAACGACGAGACGGGCAACCAGGAGGACAACGACAACCAGGACGAGGACCUUCUUGAGGCCAUGGUUCAAGAGUUCGAUCCCUCGGAGGACCCGGGGCUUGCCGAGGCCCUGGCUGUUGUCAUGCAGAGAAAGAAGAAGCCGCUUUCAGCGCCGCCGGGCCCCUCCUCACAGAGCUUCCCCUUCAAGGCCCACGGCGAGAUGAGCAUUGACAAGGCCCGUGAGUCUCGCAAGAACGCGGUGAAGUUCCUCAAGCAAGUGACGCCGUGCACGGCGUGCGGAAAGCGUGGCCACUGGCAAGGGGACAGCGAAUGCGAGAAGUCGAAGGGAGCCGGGAAGGGAAAGAGGGGAGCCAGCAGCCCUAAGAAGAAGGCGACCGGCUUCCCCAAGAAGGGCACCACCACCUACUUUGUCCUCCAGGACGACGCCGGGGACAACGUGGAGGGCGAGGCCUACUACACGAUUCCCGCCGGCACCGAGGAUAAGAACGAGGCGGCGCCCGCGAGGACCUUCGAGAGCAAGCUCGCGGGGACCGCCGUUUCCGAGAGCCUCGUUGCCCUUCACAACACCGACCUUUGCCACCACGCAAGCGGCAACGGCGGCGACGAGCGGCAGUUCUUCAGGGCAGCAAACGCCCACACAAGAACGGUGACCUGCAAGGAAGACGAGUGCGACAAGACAAUCAUUUCGGCAAAGAGGAAGCAGCCGCGCCAGCUGUGGAGCUGGCUGGUCCAGAUCGCCCUCUACACCAAGUGGGGUGCCAAGGCUAGGCUGCGCGAGGCCUACCACCGCAUGACCGCCGCCAAGGAAGAGAUGAUGACCCGCAAGCUGCAAGACGACCGCCGUGCAGAGGAACUUCGCUGCCUUACCCACGGCUAUCCUGAUCCGUCCCGGGCUUCUUCCUCGGAUUCGCCCUCACCUUGGCAGCUUGUUUCUCCAGCAACACCGCCCGGGACAAGGACAGUGGCAAGGAUCUUGCGGCCAGGCCACCGGGACAAGAAGGCCUGGGUCUAUGGAGUUUGCGUCUCCCCCUUCGUGCCUCUGCCGCCUCUGCCUGACCUCUCCGACGAGGACAUGGAUAUAAUGCGGCCUCUCCCCGGUGAUGCUUCCAUCUUGGGCCCUGAGACACCAUUCGCCGGAAUGACCUAUGAGCAGGUCGCCUCGUCUAAGGAGGCUGCCUGGUACUGCCAACAGGUGGUUCAGUUCGCCACCGGCAACUACCCGAUGCAACCUGAAGUAUAUCGGUUCGCCUUCUACCUCUACGCCCGGCUGAAGAUGAUAAAGAUGUCCGUGGACCAGGCCGAGGCACCAGCCGACAGCCGCGCGGAAAAGAGGACAAUGAACCAGGGCGAAAUGAUCUCCCGGAGGACUCUUCGCGUGCCCGUGUCCUUCGACCCCUCGAGGCCCGACACUGCCGCCGAGCAAGACUGCGAGGUCAUGAUGACAGAGGAGCCGGAAGCCGGUCCAGAGCUCACUGCCGAGGCCUUUGCUGUAUCCAACGAGGACCCGCCUGGGAUGGCCGUGCUUGAUUCGGGCUGCACCAAAACUAUGCACGGCACGGGCUGGGCGAGCCAGUUCGAAGAUGAGCUAGGCAAGCUCGGCCUGGGCGCCACGGUGCGCGGGAGAACUCAGACCUUCCGAGGCGUCGGCGGCCAGGUCACCAGCCACAUCGAGAAGAUUUUUCCCGCCGGCAUCAACAAGGUCCACGGCACGAUCCACAGCAGCGAGUGCCCGGGAAACCUUCCCUUGCUCAUCUCGAGACCCUUCAUGGAGGAGCUCGGCACGGUGAUCAACAUCGGCGAGGGAACGGUUUCCUUUACAAACCUCGGCGUGCACCACAUGCCGCUGCUGAGGACGGCAAAGGGGCACCUUGAGGUUAGCCUCCUCGACUUCGACCCAGACCACCUCAACGACUACCUCGACGAAGCCCUGGAAUAUCCGGAGAACAACCCCACUACCGAUGCUCCGGAAGAAGACUAUGAAGGUUGCCACCCACCUGAAGUACCCGAAGGUUGGCAGCCCGAUGACUGGGAAGAGCAUGUGGAGUUCCUUGACCACCUGCGCCAGGACGUCGAGAAUUGGGAAAAGGAGCUCGAAGCCCGAACCACCGAGAGCAACCAGGACUACCGCGACGGCGACGUGGUCGAGGACGCGAACUUCUUCGAGGAUUCGUCCAACCUCACCCCUGCGACAAAGAGGAGGACCAGCGCGAAGAAGGGCAAGAAGCUGCUCUCCAUGGUCAAGGCGGUCGAAGGCGACGACAGGCACUACCAACUUACGCUUUCCGGGCAACGCAAGGUGAGCAACCGCCCCCCCUUUGGCAAGGUGUGGGCGAAAGAGCUCUUCCCAACGAGCCUAAAAUUCGCCACUCUCUGUGUCGUCAUGGGCAUGUCCGUUGGAGUCCCCCUUGGCUGGGGAACAACCGGCUGGAACGCGGCAACCUCGGCCGGAAGGAGGUGGCUGCACCACGACAUGAAGAUCGAGGACCCCUACGUGACGCUGAUUCACUGGCCUCGGCAAGACGAAGGUGGCCCCUGGCUCCUGGCCGGGAAGGACGGCACAGCGAGGGCGGAUGUCGAGGGCAACUUCGGAGAGGGACUCGCAAAAGUCCUAGGAAUGGUCACCAAACUGGUCAAGGGAACGAGGUCCCUGUUGCCCAACGACCCUGCUUACGACUAUGUUGGCUGCCGAAUCGACCUUCUCUACCACGACCUGCUCCUGCGCGGCAAGCCCUUCGGAGGCCAAUGA